UAUUGCUGUUGUUAUUGCUGUUACGGUUGUUGUAUUAUCGUCACAACAGCAGCAGCACCAGUAGUAGUAGUAGUAGUAGUAGAAGUAGUAGUAGUAGCUGCUGUUGCUGCUUUUGUUCUUGUUCUUGUUCUUGUUGAUGUGGCUGCCUUCGUUAUUAUUGUUGUUAGUUCCGUUCUUGCUAUCGCAUCGUCGUCGUCGUCGUCGUCGUCGUCGCUGCUGUGGUCAUCAUCGGAGAAGUCCCAUUCAUCGAAUAUCUGCUAUCGAACGAACCUACGGCAUAGUGAUUCUUGCACGGUUUCAAGCUACGCACACUUUCAUUUCCAUAAAUACCCAUUGACAUCACGCACUGCUUUUUCCUGUCGUUAGGUGCUUAUUGUUCUAAGAUUUACAUUUUAAAAACGACCAGCACAAGAAGUUUCGUUCGUUAUUCUUGUCCCUUGCUGCUGUUGAGUUUUUUUAAUUUUCUAUUUUUAAAAAGUUACAUUUUGUUCAGCUUGUUAUGGCUUGCCUUUCAUAGAUGCUAAAUUUAUACAGAGCGAUAGAUAAUAGAGAAAUACCACAGACCGAAAAGAAAACAGCGUAGAAUUAUCUUCGUUGGAUGAAUAUUUCUCAUCCCGGCCCCGGACCGAAAAAGCCGUCGUGGGACUAAUUUCACAGCCCAGCUAGGCGAAAUAUAUUUGUACAAGAUUUCGUUCGCACUACAUUCUGUGUUAGAACUCUUGUGACACACACGUACAUAUUCAAAAAUACACAUCACACAACACAUAUACAUUACAUACUUAUAUAUACACACGUACUUUUAUAAAUACAUGUGUACAGAAAUACAUACACAUAUAACACAAUGUACCGUUUAUUUUAUACUUUAUUUUACUUAUGAAUAAGUUCGGACAAGAUCAAUCGGAGAAGAAAAAAAUUAUAACAUCGAGAGUGAAUGCUUCUAUCAUCUCGUAGACUUCCUUGUAAAUGGUUCCCCAUGUGCUAAACAUAGCAGCCAAAUAUCACUUACUAUUACUCAUAACAUCUAAACAAAGAAAAAAAACAUAGAUAACAAUUUGCGCUAUGUCUGAAUAAGAAAUAACUGCACAAUCACGGCUGUAAAACUUUCAUCAGGUUGUUUGAUCCAUCAGAAUUAUUGGGGCUUAAAACCAAAAUAAAUAAAUACAAAGCAAUCAACAAUUAGUGGAAAGUGUACUUGUAAAUUAUACUUUACAUAUGAGUAUAUCUCUUAGUAAUCCUGGUGACAUCAUUCUACUAAUGUGCUCAGUGUAUCUACUCCUGGAUUCUACAAGCUAAACAUCCACGACGCUCAGUUGGAUAACUAACUUGCUACCCAGUUGAAACCUUUUUCUUAGUUAAAGACUAUACACACGGAUGCAAUACCCCGAUCCGCUGGUUACCUAUGAAUUAUGAGACAAUUUACCGGUAAAGGUAACAUGCGGAGAUAUUUGUUUUAUCGGAGUACACAUGGAGCUUGACUACGAAUAUUAUGAAGAUGGUUUAGAAUUUAAUAACUUCACCAGUGCCUAUUACAACAGUAACCUUUGGGACAACGCGACCAUCACCGAGCCCAUCGGAAUCACGUCUGCCAUUAUGAAAGGGACUGUCCUUGGCUCAAUAUGUCUUGUGACUAUUUUUGGCAACGUUUUAGUUUUAAUGGCAGUUUUCGUCAAUUCACAUCUACGAAGUACCACAAAUUAUUUCAUUGUUAAUCUAGCAAUUGCAGAUGUCCUGCUAGGUACAUUAGUUUUACCAUUUUCUGCUAGCAUUGAAAUUAUUGAUUACUGGGCAUUUGGACAAACUUUCUGUAACAUAUGGGCUGCCACUGAUGUUCUAUGUUGCACAGCUUCGAUAUUAAGUUUGUGUGUUAUCAGCAUUGACAGGUACAUCGGUGUAACAAAACCACUGCAACAUUCCUCAAUUAUGACUGAAAAAAGAGCAGUUUAUAUCAUAAUUGCUGUUUGGUUUUUAUCUGUAAUAAUUUCAGUAGCUCCUCUCAUUGGCUGGAAAGAUCCGCCAGAUCCGAACCCUUUUGUAUGCACCGUCACCAAGCAAUUAGGUUAUGUCAUAUUCUCUGUUUCUGGAUCAUUCUACAUUCCUUUACUAAUCAUUAUCAUCGUUUACUUCCGGAUUUAUAAAGAGGCAGAGAAACAAUACCGUUUUCUUUCGACAGGAAUUAAAACAGCUAAAAUAAACGAGAACACAGAAGAAGUCACCUUAAGAAUUCAUACAGGUCAUAGCGCUAUCGAAGCUGCAACAGCAUCUACAUCGGCAACAUUUUCAGCCAAAAGUGAAACUUCUGAUUCCAUUUAUCAAAAUAGCAGUGCCAGUGACAAUUCUGAUGGCUCUGGAAGAAAAGUUAUCUCUCGACAAACUCUCUCGGGCCGGGCAGCUAAAUUCCGACGAGAACGAAAAGCUGCAAAAACUUUAGGAAUUGUUGUUGGUGUAUUCAUUUUGUGCUGGUUCCCAUUCUUCUUUGUUUUACCAUUAGGUGCCCUUUGUGAAAGAUGUCAGAUUCCUCAGCUCAUGUUUAAAAUCAUAUUUUGGCUUGGAUAUUGUAACUCUACUAUGAAUCCGAUUAUAUAUGCUUGUUCGAGCAAGGAAUUUAAAAGGGCUUUUAAAAGAAUUCUUCAUUGUCAGUUUCGAAGACAACCUCGACAAUUUCUAAGUGGAAAAGGUAUUGCUGCCUUGACAAUAGAGCUUCAUAAGAAACAAUCAGACCCCCGAGUCGCACAAUGCUUCCCUCAUAAAUCUAAUUAUAAAAAUAGAACUUUACAAAACAAACCUGACAAUGCAAUAAAAUUUACUGGUUCGAGAAAAAUAAAACCUCUAUUUCGACUUCAUUUGAAUCGGGAGUUACCACUUAGCUCCCUCUGUCCAGAUUCACCACUUCCAUCACUGAGACUCCUGCAAGAAAAACAGAGAACUAAAAUGGUAAAAUAGACUGGAAUUACUUUGAUGCCUGCCGCCAAAUCCUAUUGAUUUUGAUAUACAAAGAUGUCAAUUGACAUGGAAAAUAAGAGAUACACAAGUAGAGACUUUACUGCCAAUGUACAAUUAUAAUUUCGAGAAAAGCUCACAUACUGUUUUGGUAAUGAAAACAGUAAAUCAAAUGGAAAAUAACAGACAGGAAGAGACUUUGAAAUGCACAGGCUCGAUUUUGUUUUUAUUCUUUUUUUUUCUUUUUUUUGUCCCGCAAAGAUAGUAUAUUUGAUAUUUUAGAGAAAACAAAACUAUAUUUGAGUUCUUCGAUCAAGAUAUAUACAAAGAAAAACCUUCGUGUUGUUUCGUUAAACAAAUAUGAACGAACCGAUUGCAAAGAAAUUGCUCUGUCUUUGUCUUAAUAAUUAUUCAAACAAAAUUCAGAUCCUGAAUAAAAUAACAAAGACGCUGUUUGUAUUGAUAUUAAACAAAGAGAUUUCGAUCAAUAGAACUGAAAUAUAUGAUUUUGACAAUAAAAUAACUAUGGUGAUUCAUUAAUAUGCACAAAAGUGAUUGGCAUCCAAUUAAAGAGUUCUGUCCAAGUAAGAAAUUAUACUGCAA